UGACAUCCCAAUCGUAAAUUUUUACUAUCUCCCUGAGAAAGUAUUUAAGCAUUUUGCACUAUUAAUUUUUAUUUAGUCACACAUUGUUUAAAAAGUGCAAGAUUAUUAACUUGCUUUUGUAUUAGACGUUAUCGCGAUUCUAGCCGAAUACUUUUGUUUGUUCCUUUUAACUGAUUAUUUUGUAUUCAUUACAUUAACGUGAAUCCGUAAGUUAUUUAUUACUUUAACCGACUGAGACGUGAGUAGAUGUAUAAAGAUAAUAGGCGUAAAACACCAAUUUAUUUUAAACUAUUCAGUUAACAAAAAAAAUGCAUUGCAGUAGAUCUGGGUCAUCUAAAUCGUUCAAGAACAUUCAGUAAUUACCUCCCAACUUCAUUACCAGACUUAAUGGCUUAGUGUCAUCAUUUUAUUAAGCGAAAUAAAAGAUAAGAUUGCGCUAUCUCCUUAACAAGCAUUCUUGUACGAUUUACUGAUAAUAAAGUAACUGUUCUCCUACUUGCAGCAGGUUUUGUGUGCGUUUCGCUUCUACCAAUAGAGUACGUUAAAUACAACAUAUUUUUACAUGCUGCUGUGAUAGUGUUUUAUAUGUUCCACGUCUCAGUUUAAAUGGUAAUUCAACACAAUUAGUUUAACUGAAGGAUGAAUGCUCAUUUGUUAAGCAAUUACGUCCUGUAGUGUUAUACAGCAGUUGACAGAAACUGUCCAGACCAUAAACAAUAGUCAUUUUCGUUUAGCAAUAAAUAAUUAUGACACUCAGUCUGGAUACCAUUAAAAAUUUCCUGGUAUCGAGAAACCUGGUGCAAUCUGGAUCGUCGAUAGAAGAUCCCAAACCGGAAUUGGGAUUUAAAUUGUCCCAUAAUGAACACACAAAACAGCUAAAAGUCAAAGUGAUAGGAGCUAGACAUCUCCCGACAUCCUACGGAAGCAUACGUCCUGAAGGAUAUCUUGUUAAGGUAAAAGUGUAUCCUGGAAGUGAAAAACUUGAAACUCAAAUGGUCAAAGAAUCAUGGCCAACAUUCAAUCAAGAAUUCACUUUUGAUCUCCUACAAAUGUCGUCUGCAAAGUCCACGGAUCAGUUUGUAGGCAAAUUUGUUGUACUUACAAUCUAUGCCAUUCUUGAAAGUCAAGAUUUGUGUGAGAAGUCAAAAUCAAAAAAUUCAGUUAUGAAAAUUGUUUCGACCAUAACGAGCAGAGAAGGCAUCAGGAGAGAUGAUAAAACUAGGAGAAGUAAAAGGAUAUCGUUAUCCAAUAGGAGGACAGUUGGCGCUGUGACCUACAAUCUUGAACCCAAAUUAUUUACUCAAAAAUUACGAAAUAAUUGUCUAACAACUCCGGAUAUCUGGAGAGAAGUACAGACAAUAUCUAGCGGAAGGGAGGUUGAAUCUAGGGAAAGUAAAAAAGGCGAAUUAGAAAUCACAUUUUCUUAUUCAAAUAGCGAAGAUGGAAAUAACGACCUGCUGGAGGUAUCUUUAUCGAGGUUAAGAUGCAGUAUUAAUACAAUGCAAGAACACGAAAAAUAUGGAGGCUCAUUGUACAUAAAGAUGACUGCACAAUGUGACGGAGAAUUGUUAGCUAAGUGGAAAAGCGACCGAUUUCAACCGACGAUUAGCAUGAAAAUCGAGCCUAAAACAGCGAUUAUGCACGCUUUUAUUAAAAAAAAUCAAUUAAAUAACAUAACCAUUACGAUAAGGCUAAUGAAUAAAAACGCACUAGCGAAAAAGACGCUACUUGGAAAAAUUGAACUGAAUAUGAAAAGCGAUUUGUGGCAGAAAGUCAUACAAAAUCCGUCGAUACCGGUGACAGAAAUGAUGAGAUUCUCAUAACUCAGAUAAAUUCGUGCUCAGUAGAUUUCUAUUAAUAAUCAGAAAAUAUAUUAUUAAUUUAUUUAUUAAAGCAGUUACUUAGAUACAAUAACAUUUAUUUUUUAAUAUUAUUUGAAACAAUGGAUUAAUAGGCUGGCUUUGUCAUCCUGGCGACGAAAAUGUAAACGAAAGUAAAACCAAGAAGUCAUCUGUAGGCACUACAACAAGUUUUUCCGGGAAUAAAUAAGAUUGUUAAAAAGGCGAGUUUGCCUGAAGCUGCUUAACGUAGAUUAAAAAUGCAGAUGUUGGAGCCAAUUCUGUUUGACUGUUUCGAGCUACCACUUUUUUUGCACAAGUGACCCCAACUGCUCCUACAACAAUUUUGACUGGCUAAACCUUGUGCAAACUGACCAACAGGUUUAGCUGUCAACAGCUGAAUUUUCGAUGUUUGUGAUAUUUUAGGGCGGUGCAACGGAUGUUGCUAGCACACGUAGGUAUUAUUAGGUAUGUAACGGAAAUUAAGUAUGAUAUUAACAGCAAGUUAAUGAAUACGUGACUUGCUGAUUGGGGUGAGUUCGGCAGAAGGGGCAGCACACUUAUUAAUAUACAGAACUCUUAAACUGAUUAUUAUUGUCUCUGAAAAUGCUUGUUGUAACAUAGAUGUACAUAUACAUUACAUUUUCUGAUAACUAUUAUGUUUUUUCUCUUUUUCAAAAAAUAUACUAUUACAUGUACUAUAAUACUGAACAAUGCAUGUUUACUAACACUUCCUAAUAAUUUUGUGUUCAUAAACAAAUGUAAAAUAAAAUAUCAAAGUGUUUUUGGCAUUACUAUUCUUUUUUCAGCUAACUUCAUUUUAUAAGGUGAGAAGAAAAAGUACUUGAUUAUAGGUAAGAAUUAUACUUUAGUUUUUCUUCGUGUUAUAUGUAUGAAUAUGUACAGUACGUCAUGCUUGAAGGAAAUAUACUUGUGAAUCAUUUAA